AUGCCUACUAAAUGGGGUCACCUGCUAACGAUAUUGCAGGUGCUGUUUGCUUCAGCCUCGCCCGUUCGUCGGUUUUACGGUCCGUCAAGAUAUUUGGAUCCUGAAUGCGGUCGCGGCGAUCAAGAUCUCUACAUUGCAGAAUUACUAACACCGUCUUCCAAUUAUCCAGGUGCUGAUGCAGCCCUUAUCACUGACGACCUUCAACCCACUUUGCAUCCCGAUGGCAGUAGCCCCAUAACCUCUUCGCCGAGGUCGAUCGUGGUUCCAGGUGCCACGUGGGCGAUAGCUGAUCUACUUACUCCCCCGCCGGCAGGAACUGUUAGUGAUGUUAGCACAGAUUCAGACGCUGGCCCAUAUUCCAAGGAUAUGUUGGUUGCCUCUGACGGAGACACUGAAUCACAAAGCUAUUCAUCUGCUAUCACCUUUGCCGAUCCACAGCUGAGUGUCCAAACCAUCACCAUCACCGCCUUACCAUCUUCGCAAGUUCCAACAGUGACAUCCGCAAGCCAAAGCUUCCCAGACACAACUGGAUCUUUAAUCACGACGCUUGAAACCGAAGGGAAUCCUCCUGUACAGCCCUUUCCCACCAGUAUCCAAACUGUCGCCUCACCCACAUUAGAGCCCCUGAACGGCACUGCUCUUUUUGGGAAUUCAACAGCAUUUAGUUCGACAAGUACAGUGACUGAGACCAUCACAUUGCCACUGGCAACUUUCGAAAGCUUCUCGACUACGCAGACUGUAACAACCGUUGUCGUUGAGACGACCGCGAUUAUAACUGCCGUCACAGUCCUCAACACCACUAUUACUGCCGAUGGGUCCGUUGUAGCAACAUCAUCAGCAGGCACAACGGUGUUUACUACAACUGGAACAGCACUCGUCGAGACCACGUUGACUGCGUCGACAAUAGUGACUGGAACGGUUGAAACGACCCUGACUACUGCUCUCGGCUCGAUCUCAAUUCUCCCCACGACUAAUCCGACCUGCUACGAGAGCAUGGCCUGCUCUGGACAGGAUAUUUUUCAGCCCGUUGCCCUGGGGCAACCUCCCAACAACAUCGAACAAAGAGGUGGCCAUCCGGUUUCGCGGCUUGGGAUUGUUGAUAUUUACGGCCCCGUCGAGACAAACAAAUUCUACCAAAACUUCGUGCUGGGUUCCCAAGGUUCCCCCAGCUUUGUGAUGCCCUACUCACUAACUUGGAGCAAGGGGGCCGGUAAUGCCUUGAGUUGGGGAAUGGCUAUAUCUCAUCUUGAAAAUAGCCAGAAGGUUUUUGGGCCGAACAAUACUGCUAUCCCAGGCGGACCAGCCUCAUAUUACAUCAAUGGGAUUGGCAUUCAGUCACUGAUCCUAUCUGCCGUUGAAUUUGGUUCAAACACAGUUCUGACUGCGGAUUCCUUGCUAGCAUUUUCGGCAAAUAUUCAUCUUCGGCCAUCAGCUGGCUCCCCUUCAGUGCUCACAAUGCCAGUGGUCCAAGGUAUGGCAUUUGUCACUGGGCAAUAUACCAAUCUCCAACCGGCGAUACAAAGCAGCAUCUUUUUCCGCAGUGUUGCCGCAGCGGGUGAACCGAAACCAGGCAUAUUCAAAUACAAGGUUACUUUAGAAGACGGAAAAGUGUGGCUGAUAUAUGCUACGCCGGCCAAUGGAUUCACCCCCAACUUUCAGCUCGUCUCGAGUACGCUACUCCGAGGCUUGCCGAAUUGGUACGGCGAUAUACAAAUUGCGAAGCUCCCUGACGACCAAUUUGAGUCAAUCUAUGAUGAGGCGGCGGGUGCUUAUCCAACCGCUGGACAUAUUGCCGGCUUUGCACAGAAUACGACUGCUCAGUACAGCUUAUCGUGGUCCAAAGGGGGCGCUUGUUCGAGCAACACGACUCUCCUCAUGUUUGCCCUGCCUCAUCACUGUGAGUCAUUUGACUUCAAUACCAAAAGUAAUGUGACAGGCAUACAACUAGCCACCACGACCAAAGGCAAUGCGACAGCUGUUGUGGGUGACUACUGGGUAUUGAAGGAGGACAAUCUCCCAGUCUCACUUGGAUUUGCGCCCUGGCGACCAGGACAUCCCACGGACUUCCAAGGCACGAUUUCCCUCUCUCCCGCAGCGCUUUCCGUCAUUCAAAACAUUUCUCCAACUGAAGCCUCUCAAAAUAUGUCGGCCCAAACGAACCUCAAUAGCAUGUAUUACAGUGGAAAAGCUCUGAGCAAAUUCGCGCAGCUUGUUUACACUAUGCAUGAUCUCACGAACCAGCAAGCUCUGGCAAACGCCGCAUUACUAGAGCUCGAAAGUUGCUUUGAGGUUUUCACAAAUAAUCGGCAGCAGUACCCGCUAAUCUACGACACAGACUGGAAGGGUCUCGUGUCAUCAGCCAGCUAUGUCACAGGCGACCCUGGUGCAGACUUUGGCAAUUCGUACUACAAUGACCAUCAUUUUCACUAUGGCUACUUCCUCCACGCCGCUGCUGUCAUUGGCUACCUCGACCCUGCGUGGCUCAACCAGAAUAAGGACUAUGUGAACGCCUUGGUUCGCGAUGUCUCCAACCCCAGUUUUCUGGACCAGUAUUUCCCGGUUUUCCGAUCCUUUGAUUGGUAUCAUGGUCAUUCUUGGGCUAAAGGGCUUUUUGAAUCUGGCGACGGCAAGGAUGAAGAAUCCUCUUCUGAGGAUGCCAUGUUUGCAUACGGGCUAAAGAUGUGGGGCAAAACAAUUGGCGAUGCCUCCAUGGAAGCUCGUGGUAAUCUGAUGCUUUCUGUCCUAGCACGGAGUCUGCAGAACUAUUUCCUAAUGACAUCGAACAACACCAAUCAGCCAGCGCCUUUUAUUGGCAACAAAGUCACCGGCAUUUUGUUUGAGAACAAAGCAGAUCAUGUCACCUAUUUUGGCGCUGAUCUAAGCUACAUUCAGGGCAUCCACAUGAUUCCGCUUAUGCCUUUCUCCACGUUGACUCGGACUGAGCAAUUCGUAACAGAGGAAUGGAUCACAUACUUUGCGGACGGUGCAGUUCGUCAGGCUACAGACAUUACUGGUGGCUGGAAAGGUAUUGUAUAUGCGAAUUUGGCGAUCAUUAAUCCGACAGCAGCGUACAAUUUCUUCACCCAGCCUAAUUUUGACAUGGGCUGGAUCGAUGGUGGAGCAUCCCUGACGUGGUACAUUGCACUGAGCGCUCUGCUAGGAGGAGCGCCGCCAUAA